GCCGAGGCGCGGGUUGUGCAUUGGAUGGAGGCUUCCAGAGAGUCGCGCCACCAUGAUUGAAGAACAAACACAAGCAAACAAACACAGGGCAGCUUCGUAAUAUUCCCGGAGGCGCACACCCACGAGACCGAAGACAAUGGGCGACCCUGCUGCGGACAAGAGUGAAUAUCUCCCACGAGAUGCCCGGGUUGUGAAGAACGUACUGAAGGCGAUGGGCGUGGAGGAGUACGAGCCACGUGUCCUCAAUCAGUUCCUGGAAUUCAUGCAUCGCUACAUAACGGAUGUUCUGACAGACGCGCGCGUGUACUCCGAGCAUGCCAGCAAGUCUGCCAUAGAUGUGGACGAUGUGCGGCUGGCAAUUCAGUCAAGGGUCAACUUCUCCUUCACACAGCCUCCGCCGAGGGAGGUUUUGCUUGAGCUUGCGAAAGCAAGGAACUCCAUCCCGCUUCCUAUUAUUACACAAUCUCCUGGGAUUCCUCUGCCGCCGGAACAAGACACUCUUCUCACUCCUAAUUACCAGAUCCUGACUGUUGGGAAGCCAGGUCAGCAAGAGGGGAAGCCAGCUCCACAAACGGUAGCAGAGAAUGAUGGGAAGGAGAGCGCGGAGUCCCAGGGGGAGGGUGAUGCUGUGCGAGCGACAGGUGGCAGCACCCCGAUGGAGGUGGAUGACAGGGGACCACCAGGGAAUGACCAUGAAGCAGCCGAAGGCGGCGGGAAGAAGGUCUCUUUCAUGGUUGGCAAAAGACAAAAGUCCUGAUGUCAACGCUGAUGAACCGCUACAGCUACAGCUACAGCUACGAUGGAUGGCCUGCAUGAACGGACAUGUACCCUGACAAUGCUGCACAAGCGAGGCUUGUGAGAGAGCACCCGCAAGAAGCAACGAGGGUGACGACAGCCACCGAUUGAGAGAGAUCAGAAUCCCUGUCAACUGUCUGAUGUCUCCCGUGCACGAUGCAACACAGUGCUUGCACAACAGAGAUAGGGGGCGGAGGCCGAGGCCUCCGCCCCCAAUAGCCACCAGGAACCAGAAGUCUAUACACAGAUGGGGCGCUCGCAACUGCAUUUUCUUUUGGGGCAGGUGCAGGGGUGCUUCAGCACAGAUGGGGCACUGCGCGACUGCAGUUUCUUUUGGGGCAGGUGCAGCGGUGCUUCAGCACAGACGGGGCACUCGCGACUGCAGUUUCUUUUGGUGCGGAUACAGUCCUGAGCAUAAUUUCCCCCCCCUCACCUGCUGCUCGUCUGCAUGCGCUGACAAGUGUGUAACAAUGCGUAGGUUGUUUUGUGCAUAAUUUUCCUCGCAUGCAGACAGCUCCAGUGCAUGCUGCGAGGAGUGUGUGCUGCUGUGAGGAGUGUGUGCUGCUGCGAGGAGUGUGUGCUGCUGCGAGGAGUGUGUGCUGGUUCCAUCAGGAUUGAAACUCAUCACCUCCUUGCUAACAGUGGCAUGUGUGUUCCCAUUCAGGCACAUGGGCCAGGUACUGACUGACGAGUGCGUGUGUUAUUACGAGUUAACAGCGUGCGAGCAUUGAGAGUUUUGGCUGGCAACUUCUAGUGCUCAGUCUCUGAGGGUCCUGCAUCUACCUGCAUCUACUGACUGACUAAGUUCAUUCAACCGGGCAUCAUGUGCUGGGCACAUUGCACAGUGUAUUUGUGCGCAUCUUUCAGAGGUCUUGCUUGUUAUGUUCCUGAUGAAUAUAUUUGGUGCAUCUGCAGAGUUCACUCAGCAGGCAUCAUGUGGGGUGUGCAGCGAGUUGUGCGCAACUUCAGCUGUCUCGACACCGCAUCCUUGGGUGCACUGGUGAGGUGGGCUGGGCCGUCGGACUGUUGAGUGCUGGGAACACCUGAUGACUGUGCAAUGCAGCACACUUCUCAAUUCGUAUGGAUGGCCUUCUGCGAGACCCUUGUCAAGAGCCAGCAAGUGACAAUUUAAAAGAAGUGUCGUACAUCACAAUACAAAUGGCACGCGGAUGCACAUUUCUGGACUUGGAGUUUGUGCCUCGUCUCACCAUCAUGCGAAUGGCUUGCUGGGCAUAAUGAGAAGAGUUUGUCUUGGCUGCUGGGGAAUCUUAGUCCUCUAUUAAGUCAAGAGUGGUUGAACUUGGGUGGUGUAGGGAUUUCAGGAAUGAUUUCACAAAGCAAGUUGCUGCCAAAUAGCGGCCCCAUUGCAAGAGCUGCCCCCUCCCCCCCCCCCCCCCCCCCCCCCCCCCCCCCCCCCCCCCCCCCCCCCCCCCCCCCCCCCCCCCACACACACACACCAAACACCACCACCAGCCGCAUGCCUGCGUGGAACACACAUACAUGCACCAUGUUGGUAACGAAGAGAUAACACACACUUCCAUCCCCGGUGCGUCCCAUAACCGUUAGGCUUGUUGGAAAGCAUUUGAACUGCUUUGCAGUGGUGGAAGCCUAACCUCCUCCCCCGAACAGAAAGCAGCCUCAUCAUUGCUGUUUUGGGCUGAGAAGAUGGCUCGUACACAUGCACGAUCCAGUGACUGAAGUUCAGGCCAUGGUGAUCCGGCUGCUUUCUCACACACUGGAGCCUUGAAGCGCACGAGUCUCUAAUGGAGUGACCGAGAGAGAGACAGUGGAAUUGUGAGUCUCUAUUGGAGCGACAGAGAGAGACACAGUGACAUUGUGACAUGCGUGUCAUGGUGGCAGUGAAGGACAGACAGCAGCCUGGGGUCAUGAGCACAGGCUCUGGAGCAACAUAUCACAGGCAGGAUGGUUCGUUCCAUUCCCAUUUGCUGGUGAUACAGGCAGCACACGCUGGAUUAGCAAUUUUUUGGGGAGCCAUAUCGAGCUCGAGGUUACUUCAUGUGCAGCAGGACAGUGGCUGCCUGCCAAUAUGCCUGAAGAUGAGCAUGCCUGGUAACCAGGAUCAUCAUCAAAUUUUGCACAGAGAUGAUCGAAUCGCUCCAGCUGAAGUGAUGUAUGCCGCCGGAUAUGGCAGGCACCCCAAGCAUCUACCAACCCGAAUCUGAUUGGUUGUCAGCAGCAGCUUGACACACAAACGUGACGUCUUUGGAGUGCACUGAAUUGUGCAGUCUACGGGAAAUCCCAUUUUGGGUGCCCCCAUAGAAACUGUGUAGGUCCUGCGUGAAAUAAACAAUUCUACAGUCCCCCUCCCCCUCCCCCUUCCCCUCCCCCUCCCCCUACCCUUCUCUCUGCUCGGUCCGGUUGAGCUUCCCCCGCUGCUGUGUAAAAUAAACAGUACUACAGUCACAUUUCCCUCCUCCUGCCCCUCACCUUCCCCCGUCCCUCACCUGCCCUGCUUCCCCCCUCUUUUCGCUCCGCUGGGCCUUAAGGCCCUCAACUGGUCCGUCUGGCUGUGUUCAGCAUGUCUCAAUUUCAGGAUGUGCGUGGAUCAUCGGGAAUUGGCUUCAUCGGUCCGUAUCGGUCCAAAUCUGUCCGUUCAGAUCCACCCACAUGUGAAUUGCCCCCUCUUGCGAUAACCCCAGCCCCCCAGCCCCCCAGCCCCCCAGCCCACCCUCUCUCACGACCUCUGGUGCUGGGCAGUCCUCUCCCAUGGCACCUUGUCUUCUAAGAAAUGGUCACACAAUCAAACUCGGAGAUAGCUGGUUUUGCGCGAAAUCUAUUGAGGUAGAACGUGUGAUCUUCAUUGCAAGAGGUAGAGCACUCGAUGGGCUAGGGUGGCCCAAAGCUUGACCAACCCCAAGGAAACUCCGAAUACUUGCAACUGAGCAUCGCGCAGACAGACUUUGACCUGUGUAGACUUAUAGCAUUGGCAGUCGUCAAGUACACUCAUGAUGGUGAAGUUGAUGAUUUCUUCAAGUUCCCUGCCAUGCUGAUCUGGAACCUGAACCUAGAGUAAUGGUAUGCCGGAGUGGAUAUGUCUAUCAGCCAUCCAUCUGGCCUCCUAUAAGCUGAAUGCGGUAGAAGCAAAGUGCUCAGGGGGUCACAAAAGUGUACAUUUGUUCCGAAGU